UUGCUGGCAUCGCCUCGCCCUGCCUGUGCGGUGUGUGAUAUAGUAUUACAUUCAAGAGCUCCCCUCUGUCCUUUACUUAUAUCAGAGAGAGAGAGGGAGAGAGAGAAAGAGAGAGGGAGGGAGGGAGACUGGCAUCUGACAGCAAUCGCUCUCUGGUUUCGAGAAAAAAAAACGGAAAGAAAAGAAAACAAUCCGCCAUAGAUCUGGGAACAUAACAAGUGAAAACGCGCUCCGAUAUCUUCUUUUCCGAGAAACGUUUCUGAUACUGGAUUUUAAAGAAGAGAUCAGAAGUACUGAGAUCAAAAGAAAGACUCGCUCUUUCUGUAUGGACUAUCUGAGACCGCAUACGAAUUUUACCUGGGCAGAGUCAACGUGAACCACGAGUUCAAAGAUGCCAAGAAGAAAACAGCAGGCGCCGAAACGGGCUGCGGUGUAUAUGCCCGAUGAUGACGUCAGCCUCCGGGACUCCAUUGCGGAGGAUGAAGGAGAGAACGACACCCUGACCGAGGAGGAGUGCUCCGAAAAGACCAGCCCCAAGGUGCAGGAGGACAAGGAGGCCGACAACAAGAGCAGCUACAGCUACCAGAACUCCCCCAUCAGCGUCCUCUCCAACCAGGAGGCCGAGCUCGAGUCCCGCCUCAGCGACGCCAGCGACCGGCUCUCAGACUUCAAGAGCACCUCGCCGCCCGAGAGCCACAAGGAUGAGGAGAGCCGCACCUCCAAGCUGAAGGACGAGAUGAACAGCAGCCUGGAGAAGAUGAGGGCCGCUUACGCCAACUUCCUGUCCGAUUCCUAUUGGUCGGGGAUCGGGCUCGACCUGAAGGCGGGCAGCAACGCCAGCAAGGGCAGCUGCGACAGCACCAAUGGAAGCGCCAAGAGCGAGUUUGACUGGCACCAGGACGCCCUGUCCAAAACUCUACAGCAGACCCUCUCCCCGAAGCCCGUCUCCAAGCCCAACCUGUUCAGCUCCGUCCACCUGUACAGGCAGAGCAGCAAGGCGUGCGGCGCCGUGUUCACGGGGGCCAGCCGCUUCCGCUGCAAGGACUGCAGCGCGGCCUACGACACCCUGGUGGAGCUCACCGUGCACAUGAACAAGAGCGGGCACUACCAAGACGACAACCACAGCAGGCAAGGCAGCGCCUCCGCGUCCUCGUCCAAAAUGCGGAAGCGGAACCUGCAGGACAUGGAGGGGAAAGAGGACGCCCAGAAGGUCCUCAAGUGCAUGUUCUGUGGCCAUUCUUUCGACUCCCUCCAGGACUUAAGCGUCCACAUGAUAAAAACUAAGCAUUACCAAAAAGUGCCUUUGAAAGAACCCAUUCCCGUAAUCGCGCCCAAGUUAGUUCCGCCAGCAAAGAAACGGGCAUACGAGGUCACCAGGCCGUGUUCUCCUGACUCGACCACGGGGUUGUCUGGCUACAUCGACGCGCAGAGGGUUUCCAGCCUUCAUGGGUCGCACAGCAACCGCUACGGGUAUCAGAAUGGGGCCAGCUAUACGUGGCAGUUUGAAACGUGCAAGUCUCAGAUUCUGAAGUGCAUGGAGUGUGGAAGCUCACACGACACCCUCCAGCAGCUCACCACUCACAUGAUGGUCACAGGACACUUCAUCAAAGUCACCAGCUCUGCAUCCAAAAAGGGGAAACAGCUGGCCCUGGACCCUCUGGCGCUGGAGAAGAUGCAGGCCUUAGCUGAGCCCCCAGCGAGUGAAACCCAGAGUGAGGGGGAUGGCGAAAAGGUCUCGGUGAAGAGUGCAGCUACUGGGGAUGCCGAGAAGGAUGCCCAGAAGGAAGAGACCACCGAAAAAACCACAGGCAGCAAAGCCGAGGAAGAGGAAGUCAAAGACGACAAACAGGACGAAAAGCGGGGUGAGGAUCAAAAGCCAGGGGAUGGAUCUUUCAAGUACCCAUAUCUGCGUGAAGAGGACCUUGAGCAGGUCUCUGGUGGAGGAGGGGACAUCCUGAAGUCUUUAGCCAACACGGUGGCCUCUGCCAUCAACAAAGCCCAGACGGGGACACCCAGCUGGAGUGCCUAUCCCAGCAUCCAUGCAGCCUACCAGCUCUCCGGCGUUAUCAAGACCGCCCCUCUGUCUGCGUCGCCGCCCAUCCCGCUGAAGCAGACCUUCAACAACAAGCUGAGGGCCAUUGCGCCGAAAGGGAAGUUUUAUCAGGCUGCCGCAGGGGCCGAGUGCUUCCAGGGCCAGCGUCACAGCGCCGACAUCAAAAAGGAAAGGGGCAGCACGUGCGACGGCAAGGACAGUCAGAGCGCCAAGUUUGAUCGGGCAGAAAACGAUGACAGCGACGGUCAGGACGACUCCUCUUCCUCCUCCAAGCCCGACACGGACUUCGUGAAAGAAGGGAGCGACGCGAUCAAAGGGAAGCUGAGCCCGGAUUUCUCCGACAGAGACAAGGCGUCACCAAGCCCUCCUGCCAGCAACGGAUGCAGCCAUGCUUCAGCACUUGUCAAUGACUCUCCUGAGAUCCUGGGCAUAAAUCCGCUAAGUGCACUGCAGUCUGUUCUGAACAAUCAUUUGGGGAAAGCCAACAAGCCCUCCAAUUCGAGAGCGGAAGCCACGCUCACUGCUCGCACCCAGUCCUUAUUCUCCAAGCCAAACAGAGGGCUGGAGAAGCCUGCCCUGGCGCUUGUCCCCCCAGGAGCGGGGAGGGUGAAAAGCUCCUUUCUGUUCGAGAGCAACGACCAGCCGAUCGACUUGACAAAGUAUAAAAACCACAAGGUGAGCUCUCUCCUGCAGUCCUCCACUCCAGUGCCGCAGAAACACGCUCUCUCCGACAUCGCAGAUAUGGUCAAGGUUCUUCCAAAAGCCACCACGCCCAAACCUUCAAUGCCUUCACGGAUGCCUACCAUGAAACUUGAAACGGACGUGCGGCGCUUCGAGGACGUGUCCGCCGAGAUGUACUCGGUGCACAAGCGGAAGGGCAGGCAGUCCAACUGGAACCCGCAGCACCUGCUCAUCCUGCAAGCCCAGUUUGCCUCCAGCCUCUUUCAGACCUCCGAGGGCAAGUACCUGCUGUCAGACCUCGGCCCUCAGGAGCGGAUGCACAUCUCCAAGUUCACCGGGUUGUCCAUGACCACCAUUAGCCACUGGCUGGCUAACGUCAAAUAUCAGCUGAGGAAAACGGGCGGGACCAAAUUCCUGAAGAACAUGGACACGGGCAAUCCGGUCUUCUACUGCAACGACUGCGCCUCUCAGUUCAGGACACCGUCUGCUUUCAUAACCCACCUGGAGUCCCACCUGGGAUUUCAGAUAAAAGACAUGAGCAAACUGCCCAUAGAGCAUCAGACAAAAGUAGAGCCGGAGCUGUCCAAGGCUCUGGGCGUCAGGGCGACAGAGACACCGGCCACAGACGAAGACCCUGACUCUAAAUUCAAAUGUAAACUUUGCAGUCGGACAUUCGCCAGCAACCACGCUGUCAAGCUUCACUUGAGCAAAACUCACAGCAAAUCACCCGAGAACCAUUCACAAUAUGUUGAAAUGGACAACGAAUAGCGUCAGCCAGUACGUCAGAAAGAUCUAAAUUUUACUACCUGUUUGAUUUUGUCAUUUCUUUACUGUAAUUGCUUUGCUUUUUUUUCCAAACACGGGAUAUAUUUUCUCACCAUGUUUCAAGUAGCAUAACAUACAGUAAAUACUUUCAUUAAGACCAAUAUGGACCCACAAAGCUGGACUUAAAAUGGACUAUUAUUGAGGAAAAAAAAUAACGUAGAUGGCUCAAGGACUCAUCAGCUGAUCUUUUUUGCACCCUGUUCAAAUGCAUCACCAGUAAUGAAAUGUAUUACGGCUUGAAACAUAAUUGCUGAUGUUUGCAUGCAAUAGCAUUGGCUAUGACUACUAUUUAUUUGUAUGAUAUGCCAGGUUUUAAUUGUAUUACUUUUAUGGCAAAUUGAUUAAUGCGUUAAUUGUAAUUUACAAUUCCAAUGAUGAGACACCUGCAUAAAUAUGCAGAUGCUCCAACAGGUAGUGAGACACCUGUGAACACAUUUAUUGAGAUGUACAGUAUAUUGCUCUGUAAAAUGUUUGUGUUGCAAUGAUAGAACAGAAAAAAGCACUUUAAUAAAUGUUUAAUCACCAGUUUAGACUCAGAUUCUGUACCUGACCUAACAAUUUUAGACAGGCUGGAAACAAGGGCGUCUCUCAUCAGUGUAAAUAUAGCAGAACAAAAAUAGUGUUUCAUGUUACAACAAAAAAAGAAGAUGGUGAACCAACUGAGAC